AUGACCAAGACAACGAAGGAAGGAAGGAAGGAAGGAAGGAAGGAAGGAAGGAAGGAAGGAAGGAUUAGGUAGGUAGGUAGGUAGGUAGGUAGGUAGGUAGGUAGACUUGUAGGUAGUUAGGUAGGUGUAGGCAGGUAAAUAGGUAGAAAGGUAGACAGGUGGGUAGGUAGGUAGGCAGGCAGGCAAGUAUGUAGGUAGAGAGGUAGGUAGUUAGGUGUAGGCAGGUAAAUAGGUAGAAAGGUAGACAGGUGCCUAGGUAGGUAGGCAGGCAGGCAGGUAGGUAGGUAAUAUAGGUAGGUAGGUAUUCGAAGAAAAAGGAGUGGUGAAUGUAUGUAUGUACCGACGGACGGACAGAUAAACGGAAGAAAGGAAGGGAAGAAGGAUGGAUGGGUGGAUAGUUGGAUGGAUGGAUGGAUGGAUGGAUGGAUGGAUGGAUGGAUGGAUGGAUGGAUGGAUAGAUGUCAUAGAUGCAUGAAUGGAUGGCUGAGUAAAUGUAUUGUAGGAUGGAUAAAUGGAUGGGUGGAGAAGAAAAAAAAAGAACUAACAAACAAACAAGAACUAACAAACAAACAAGAAACAAAA